CAGCAAAAUGGCAGGCUGCUUGGAUCGAUGCGACAAAAAACCUACUACCAAUCCUCCUGCAUGAUGUACCAAGCCCAUUUAACUCCCUCUGUGUUUUACUUUUUUCCAACAAACCACCCUAAGCAAGAAAGAAGAAAAAGAGAUAUCUUCUCUUGCUGCUAGACAAAAACAAAACGCUAACUUCUGUACGAUGAUAAUUUUGUGUGUUUAGGUCGUUCACACUAUUUUGGUGAUUGCCCAGAUGUACACAAAGUCAGUGGGAAAUGAAAAGGAGCAAUUGCCCAGACUACCGCCCUAUAAGAGCAAGGAGAAGGUCACAAACAAGAAGAAAAAGACAGAUGACCAGCGGCAGGAGGAGGAUGAAGAUGGCGAAGAAACUGAUCAAGAGGAGGAUGGUGAUGAGGAGGAGCAAGAUGAAGUAAAGGAGAAUCAACAUCCGCAGCCAAUAAGCAAGGAGAUAGGUGCUCCUCCGAUACUCAGCGAUUACGACAGCAGCAACUACCACAAUAACAAUGCAGCAGUAACACAAGACCCUGCCUCGUGCGACAAUGCUUCGUCGGGCGGCAACUAUCGUGAUGUACGAGACAUCUUUGGCUUCCAGCAUCCACAUCAUCCUGGCGAUGACACUCAUCUUACUGCUGAGACUGACCCAUCCUUUGUACGACCGCCUAAAUCACCCUUACGUCCAGCAUCCAAACGACGACAAAGCCAUCAACAACACUGUCUCCGUCGUAAAUCUGCCGAGGAUCUGAAAUCACGUCGACCCUCCGCACCAGCAUUCUCGACACACAGUGGAAACAAAACGAGCUAUGACAUUGAGGACGGCAGCAGUGGUGCAGCAAGUGGCGGUGUUGCCUUGUCACGUACAUCUUCUGCUUCAUCGUGUAAUUCAUUCUUAUCGUCUGCCUCAUCCUCUAGCUCUUCAGAAACUCCAUUGACACCCUCAUCCGCAACUGCGAGUGGAGCAGCUACGGAUGAGCAACAACAACAACAACAACAACGACGCGAUCGUCGCAAGAGCGCUACAUUUGCAGCACACCAUCAUCAUCAUCAUCCGCAUCAACAGCAUAUCAGCGACCUCCAACAAACCGAGAGUCUGGGCCGAAAGUUAGAUCGGAAGUUAUUAAAGUCCAUGGAGGCAAUCAAGCAUGAGAAUAGUAGCGGUACUAUCAAAGGCCGAGAGAAAUUAUAUCUCAAGAACAAGGACGGUUUAACGCGCGCCCAAUAUCAACUUGGCAACUGUAUCGGUAAAGGACAAUUUGGAUCUGUUUACCGCGCAUUGGAUCUGACUACUGGUGAAACUGUGGCAGUAAAGAGAAUUCGGCUUGACGAUGCAGAACUCGACAAAGAGAUAAUGAAAGAAGUCGGCCUUCUAAAAACACUCAGCCAUUCAAACGUCAUCCAAUACAUGGGGUUCAUCCGGAGCAAGCACCAUAUGAAUAUUGUCUUGGAAUACGCUGAGAACGGCUCGCUUAUGUCGACCUUGAAAGCCUUUGGCGCAUUCCCAGAAAAACUCGUUGCAUCCUUCUGUAUCAAGAUUCUGAACGGCCUUGAAUACUUGCACGCCAACCAAGUGGUGCAUUGUGACUUGAAAGCCGCCAACAUCCUUACUACCAAAACGGGAGAUGUCAAGUUAUCCGAUUUCGGUGUAUCGCUCAACCUCAAGAUCAAAGGAUCCGACCCGGGUUCAGUCUCGGGCACGCCUAACUGGAUGGCCCCCGAAGUCAUUGAGCUCAAGGGUGCAUCCACCAAAUCCGAUAUCUGGUCUUUGGGCUGUACAUUGGUCGAACUCGUCACGGGUAAACCGCCCUAUGCAGACAUGAUUGCCAUGUCUGCCAUGUUCCGUAUCGUCGAAGACAACUAUCCACCUCUGCCGGCCAAUAUCUCUCAAGACAUGCAUAGCUUUCUGCUAUGCUGUUUCCAAAAGAAUCCAGAGGAGCGGCCAACAGCAGCCCAACUUAAAGACCAUUCGUGGAUUCGUGCAAAUCAGCGACGCAUGAAAAAGAAUCAUCAGUCCUCGACGCAUGGUAUUUCGUCGUAUCUUGAACAACACAAACAACAACAACAACAGCAGCAGCAGCAGCAGCGAUCUCAUAAACGAAGCAGUCUGCGUCCGACUUCAUCUGCUAGCGACUAUUGUCAUCCAUUGGAGCAGCAACAACAACAACAACAACAACAGACACAGCAGCAAAGACCAGCAACGCCUCAACCGCGUUCACCGGUUGUUGCUCGGGAUGAUGCUUCUUUACUUCCUCGUAUUGAUACUACACCACCUAGCACGACGAGUUCUGGCCAGGCACCUGAUUUGGGCUAUUCUUCUAGAAUUUCGCAUGACAGUGGUUUGUCCAGUGAUAUCAAUGAGGACUAUACCACCCAUCGAUUUAUCCAAACAUCGUUCGGCAAAGUUGUUGAAUGCAAAGUAUGCGGUGAUCUCACAAAAUCGCAAGCCAUUUUCUGUGAAGUAUGUGCUUUGAUUUGCCAUGAAGAUUGUAAAAAGCAGGCAUUUUCAUGCCCACCCAAAGUCAAGGACCAGCAACCUUCUUACGACGUAAGUGUAUAAUGAUAGAUGAGAGUAUGAACAAACCGCCGUACUCAAAGGGGGCCAAAUAGUGGGUUUUUUCAGCCAAGAUCUACAACCGC